AUGGUAAUAAUAUCGGGUUGCCGUUGUAGAGAUAAAUCUAAUAGAGACGAUAAUCACGUACUCGUGAGACAUAACUAUCUCUUUGAAGGCGAAGAAAUGCCAGAAUUUGGUGAUAGUAUACCAAACAUAACGAUUCCAAUCGGAAGGGAUUCAAGAAUGCCGUGUAUUGUCAAUAACUUAGGCUCAUAUCGUGCGGCGUGGCUUAGGAUCGAGGAGAAAGAUAUCCUUACAAUACAUCAUCACGUGAUUACACGCAACUAUCGGAUUAAUUUACUGGACAAUCAUAACGAUAAUCGCAAUUUCAUACUUGUCAUCAAAAAUGUACAGUGUUGUACCGUGCAAAACUUCAAAGUUUUGCAACAGUGCAAAGUUUAA